UGAAAAUGUUUGCAUCAUUAAAAUGACUUCAAUAACCCGAAGUGCUCAAACGAACGAACAAAAAAUGCUGUCGUAACAAAUUGCCUAUCUUAAAAAUUGAAGGCACAACCAUAAUUCGGAAAUUCAAAAUUUUCAAAAUCUAGGGCACCCACAACAAAUUUGGAAAUUCUGAAUCAAGUUUGCCCCUUCAAUUUUGAAGAUGGGCAAUUUUAAAUGAUUUAUUCAAAGUCAUAAAACGUUUUUUGUUCGUCUCCUCUUAGUAAGCUACCUACAAUUGAAUUUUGGCAGACGAUUUCCGGAACACCCUGUGGCCUGUAUAGUAUGAGAAUAUUAAAGGUAACCUGAUUUAACCAUCACUAUUCAUCAAUUGUCUUUAGCAGUACUUAUCUUAUCUCUCAUUGCUGUGUUACAAAAUCCCCAGUAUGUUUACUACGUGUUGCUACCGCUCGGUUCAAAACAAUUCGCGACUUGAACAUUCGUAAAAAUGAUGCUUUUAAUCUUUAUCGUUUGCUGUUUAAAAUUUGUUUCGAGUUCAUCACCUGUUGUUAGGGUCGAAGAAGGUGAGCUUGCUGGGACUUUUUAUGAAUUACCUAAUGGGCGUAUUGUGCAUGCAUUUUUGGGAAUUCCUUAUGCGGCUCCCCCAAUUUUCGAAAAUAGAUUCAAGGAUCCUCAACAAUUGGAACCAUGGGUUGGAGUAUGGAAUGCGACAAAACUCCCAAGCUCGUGUUUACAAAUUGCACAUCGUCCUAGACUGUAUGAAAUUUCAGGGGAGGAGGAUUGCCUUUAUUUGAAUAUCUACACUCCUAAACUACCUGUUGAUGGAGUUGAUAAUCCUUUGAUGAAUGUUUUGGUGUACAUUCACGGUGGAGCUUUCAUGUUCGGCAGUGGAGGAAUUUAUUAUCCUGAUUAUAUUUUGCAGACGAACGAUAUUGUUUUUGUUAACAUUAAUUAUCGUGUGGGAGCGUUAGGAUUCUUCAGCACUGCUGAUAACGUUGCUCCUGGUAAUUUUGGAAUGAAAGAUCAAGUAGCUGCGUUAAAGUGGAUUAAGCGAAAUAUUAUUCAUUUUGGUGGCAAUCCCUCUAGCGUUACGAUUGCUGGAUCUUCUGCUGGCGGUGCCAGUGUUCAUUAUCAUUUUAUUUCACCGUUGAGCGAAGGACUUUUCCAUAAAGGCGCUUCAUUGAGUGCAAAUGUAUUCCAUCCAUGGACUUUACCACGAAACGUUACCCAAAAAUCUACUCAUUUGGCUACCCUUGUUGGUUGCCCUACCGAUAAUAACGUGGAUAUGGUGAAAUGUUUGCAAAAAAGGCCAGCUAGAGCUGUUGUAGAACAAUCGAGGAAUUUUAUGGAAUGGAGGUAUUGUCCAUUUUCACCAUUUGGUCCAGUGGUAGAGCCAGAAAGUCCGAAUGCAUUUUUAUCAUCACAUCCUCUUGAGUUGGUGGCGAGAGGAAAAGUGAAAGAUUUACCUUGGAUGACAGGUGUUACUGAAAAAGAAGGGUUGUUUCCAAGUGCAGAAUUCAUUGCUCAUGAUAAUUUAUUGAAAGAAUUGAACGAUAAUUGGUAUAAACUAGCGCCGAAUUUACUCAUGUAUAAUUACAGUGUACCAGAAAAGGAGAAAGAUGCAAUAAGCGAAGCUAUAAAAAAAUUCUACCUCGGGAACAAGCCCAUUUCUAAAGAAACCAUAAAUCAGCUAAUUCAAAUGCUGGGAGAUCGAUUUUUCUAUAAUGAAAUAUUCGAUAUUACAAAACUGCACAGUUCGGCUACUAAAAGCAAUGUUUACUGUUAUAAAUUUAAUUAUCGAGGAAAAUAUAGUCUUACCAAUGUAUAUACGAAAAAUUUCGAUAAUUAUGGAACUAGUCAUGCGGAUGAUAUUUUGUACUUUUUACGAUAUCUUCCAACAAGCUCUGAAGAAACUGAAGCAGAUAAAGCAAUGACCAAAUUAAUAUCAUCUAUCUAUGCGAAUUUCAUUAAUACAGGAAAUCCUGGUAUUGGAAUAAAUGCCUGGAAACCAGUUGCCAAAGAUCAAACUCCCAGUUUGAUGUGUUUGAAUAUCAAUUCAGCAGACGAUAUGGUGUAUAAAGACAUAACGAAUCCAGCUACUAGUAAAUUUUGGAAAAAUAUUUUAUCUCAUGAAUAUUCAUCUAAUUUAGCAGUAAUGCGAAGAGAUGAACUUUGACAAAAACUGUUAUCAAAAGACGUAGGUACUAUAUGGGACAUUUGGAGAAUGAAAUUUGAAUCACCUGAUCAUUUGAAUUAAAAAAUGCAUAAAGUUUGUCAUUAAUUUUAAUGAUUAAAUGUACCAAAAUAAAUGACGGAAAACGAGUACAAA